AUGCCUGUCACGAAGAAGGAUGGAAUAGCUGGUGGCGGUCCCGGUGGGAAACAGAAUGGAAACCGUGCAUCUUUCCGAACCGAUUCAGCUAUUUCUAACAACCGUUUCGGCAAUGAACGAGUUCUCCAGCCUUGGGUUCCCGACACAAACGACGCAGUUAAUGGUAGCCUCGAAAGGUCCGGCAACAACGCAGGUUGGGAUCAGUUCGCCGAGAACGAGAGACUGUUCGGCCUCACGACAGACUACGACGAAAACAUUUACACCACCGCUAUCAACAAGAGCCAUCCUCAAUACAGGGAGCGGAUAGCCGCUGCGGACAGAAAGGCCCGAGAGAUUGAGCGCAGCGCACCCACUACUGCUCACGUGGCCGAGGAGCGUAUCAUGGACUAUGUUGGUGGUGAUGAUGGAGGGGAUGAAGAGGACAAGUACAGCGGUGUCCGCCGACAGGAUUUUCCACCUCUGUCUGGACGUGAGAACAAAUACACUCCACCCGCAAAGCGAGCACCCACAGCUCAGUCCACUGUCAAGGGUGCCCCUGUCGAUCCUGCCAUUAUCUCUUCACAGAUCAAAGCGCCUGCCAAGAAGCAGCCUACCCCAGUGCCCGAGGAGCCGAAGCCUCAGACUCCUGAUGCGAACAAGAAUGUGUCGGCGCCCAAGGUCGAUGCUCAGAAAGUUCCUGCCGAAGCCAAGCCUGCUGAGGCUCCGGCUAACUCACCCAAGCCCGCUGCUCAGCCCGCCAAUGGCAAGGCGACAGAGACGAAGUCUGUUGACAAGACUAAUGCUGCUCUGAGACCCUCCGCCAGCGGCGCCGUCGCCGGCGCUGCCGCCCCCAGCGCAACCUCCACGGUCGAACAUGACGUGCUCAAGGAGUUCAAGUCGUUUGCUAGCCAACAGCGCCAGAAUGCCGAGAAAGCACGAAGCAAUAAGGCAAAAGCAGACAAGGAGGUCAAGUUGACCGAGUUGAAGAAGUUCGCCAGCUCCUUCAAGCUUUCCACCCCCGUGCCCACGGAUUUGGUCUCCAUUAUCGCCAAGGACCCGGUCAAGCAGAAGGAGAUUCAGGCCAAGGCGAUUAAGAAUGCCGAAGACGUUGCCAAGGCCAAGGCCGAGGCUGCGACGAAGGACAAGACCUCUCCAUCGAAGGAUGCGCAGGCUAAGCCUGCGGGACAAGGUGCGCCAGCUGCUGCUUCUGCGACAUCUGGCCCUUCCAACGACAACAGAUCCUCUCGCCCUGCUACCGGUACUCAGGCUACUCCUCCUGCUGGAGGUCAAGGUCGUCAUCCCGGAGCUCGUCAACAAUAUCCCCAACAGCAGUACCAUGCGCAGCAGUACCGAAACAACCGUGGAGGACCUCAUGUUCCCCAGCAGCAGCAGACCGGCAUGCUAGCGCAGCGACUCCGUAACGUUGAGCAGCAGAAAUAUUCUCAGGCUUCGGCUCCCCACCAGCCUCAUGUCCCUGGCCAGGAGAUCCGCGCUCCUCCUACCGGACCCGCCAGCGGCGUCAGCUCUGACUACAAUCGACGCCUCAGCGGUGCUCCUGGCCACAUGGGUGCCAAGUUGAACCCCAACAGCCACGAGUUCAGACCUAGCCCGUUUGCUGCGGCUUUCAACCCGAACGGACAUCCCAGCGCUGGCUCGAGCCCCCGAUCUUCUGUUAACCACGUUGAGGCGUCGGCCAGCAAUGUCGCUGCCCCCGGUCAGCUCAUUCGCCGGAAGACCAAGGCUAUUGAUGUCAAGAAGUGCUACAUCCUCUCACACAUCCAGACCUUUACUCCCCCUCCGGGUCGCAACUGGGAUGACAACGGUGGUCUUCGUCCCGCCUAUGACACUUUGCCUACAUGGCGACAGCUUCAGGACGACGAGAAGCCUGAUUCCACGAUGCAUCUCAACUACAAGGAGUAUUUCGAGCGCCAGCCUUUUAACGGACCUGCGCUAGCCACUCCCAACCCGCAGCAUGUCGUUCCUCAGAUGCCUCACCAGCACCAGCUACCUUUCCAUCUCCAGCAGGGCGCGCACAACAUGGCCCCCAGAGGAUCACCCCACAUGCCACCUAUGCAGAUGCACACACCGCAGCAUGGCCCCGUGCCUCACCCGCAGUACGGUAACGACGAUCAUAGGAUGAUGCAUUCAAACUCGGCUCAGUCAUUCGCCUCACCCCGCCUCGGCAAUGUGCCUGUCGCCUACAACUCGCCAGCACAGGUGCCCUACAACCAACCCGUCUUUAUGCCUGGGACGCCGCAGAUGGGACAGUUCCGUAGCUUCUCCAACAACCCCCAGUACAUGUCCCCUCAGCAAGGCCAGAUGGGAGGCCCCAUGAUGAUGCAGCCGCAGUUCAUACCUGGGCCGCAGGGAAUGGUUCCCGGUCCGCAGAUGAUGUAUCCCGGCGGCCACCCUCAAUUCAUGCCUCCAUCUGGACCUCAGCCGGUCCCCGGCGUCAACGGAUAUCCCAGCCCCGGACGUCCCGCGGCGCCGAUGAUGGCGCACCAGGGCUCGCAGCAGGGACAGCCCAUGUAUGGCAUGAGUCCCAAUGUCCAGUAUAACCAGCCGGUCUUUAACCCAGGCCAGCAAGGCGGACCAAUGAGAGGGGGCUACGGCAGCCCUGGGCCUCAACAUUUUGGAACCAGCCCUCAGCAGGGACACCAAUAUGGCCCUCAACACCGAAGCGGCAGCACCAGCUACAACAAGGGCUAUGCGGGCCCAGGACCUCAUCAGACGCCCCAGCCCAACCAUGCGGUGCCAGCCGCGAACCAAGGUCGACCUGCUGAGGGGUCGAAUGAGGCCAAAUAA